AUGGGAAAAGUUAAAUUAAAAUCAUUAUUUUCAAAAAGAAAGAUUAAAUUAUUGAUACUUGGUUUUGGUAAUAGUGGCAAGAUAACCAUUUUAAAAAAUUUAAAGAUAAGUGAGAUUGCAAUGUGUUGUAUUCAAGUUGGUUUCUUUAUGGAACGUGUAGAGAAUAAAUAUUUUAAUAUUACAAGUUGGGUAUGCAUAUUAUACUAUUAUGUUAUUGAUUCAACAGAUCAAAGAAGUUUAGAUAGUAUAUCUAUUAAUAUCACUACGAUAUUGAGUGAAGUACAACUCAUAGGUAAACCAAUUCUAUUCUUUUAUAACUACCAAGAUGCUCAUGAUGCUCUAUCGAUUUCAGAGAUAUCAGCACAAAUGAAAAUUAAUGAUAUCAAAGAUAGACAAUGGUUUACUCAACCAACUACAGCAAUUGAUAAUAAUAGUGGUGUAUUAGAGGGUUUUCAAUGGUUAUCAAAUAUUUUAAUUGAUGAAUCGAAUCAUGAUAAAAAUUUGUAA